GGGAAGACGGCGAACUACCGUCGUCCCUGGUGGAACGACACUCGGGAAAAGGCUGGUUAUGGUGAUUUUAAGUAUUGUGUAUUAUUUGUUUGGAUUGAAAGUAGUCAGUGGUUAUUAAUGUCUGGGAAAAGAGAGAAGGCAAGGUUUGGAGUGAAUUGUUGGAAUCUAUUUGACACUUGGAAAUGUGGGUUUGUCGUGUUGAUUCUCUCAAGAUGACGGGAGGAAAUGCUGAUCCCGCAAAUAGUAAUGCAGGGGAUCGUCGCAACGAUAUUCUGGAACUCGCACGAGCCAUUCGUGAGGCCGAUAAUCAGAAGGCGCAACUGCCAAAGGUUCAAGUUCCCCUCUUCGAUGGCACCAAUGCCUCAGCAUGGGCGGAGAAGUUUGAACAAUUGGGCAGUUGCUGCGAAUGGUCGAGUGAGAAGAUGCUUCAAAUGGUGAAGCGAUACUGUAUGGUCGAGUACAAAGAGGAGGUGUCGGAGUUGGUGCAAGCUUCGCGCGACUGGUCGGACUUCAAGGCCAAAUUAUUGGACAAGUACCAGUUGGGGGAUCAACAGCUCGAUCUAGCGGACUUACGGAAGGAGGACCGUGAGAAGGAAGGGGUAAGCGCGGACAAGGAUCAAGCCAUUUACAAGACCCUGACUGACAUGCGGAACAUGAUGGUGGACAUGGAGGAGGAAAGGCUAAGGCUACAGGUGAUGAUGGUCCAGACAAAAGGUGGGAAAAGGAAGGGCAAAGCACCCGUUGUGGAGAAAGAGGCCGAGGCCGAGGUCGAGGUAGAGGACAAGGCACUGGGGAGGCCGAGGAAAUGGGGGCGGCCGAGAGACGGCCAAGGAGGUCUUAAUGAUGUUAGCGCACCACCACCUGGAUCGCCGUCGGCAGGACGUUUGAUGGCCACCACAGUCUUGUCCCGUCCUGCGUUCAAGCGACCUGCCACUGCUGGUCUCCCACAAACUCGGAGGGCUCGAAGGCCGUCGCGGCCAAGGGCAGCACCGGAAGAAGGGCCAAGUCAGCCUCGGGAAACCGAGACGAUUUUGAUUGAAGAAGACGAUGGCGAGGAGGAUGAAUUGCUGCGAGCCGAAGAUGAGAGGCAGGCCAAACAACGAGUCAUGGAGAGGGAGCCAGAAACGGGCAAGGCCGACGCUGGGGAAGGAGAAUUGAAGAAGAAGAAGCAAGUUUACACAAUUCCAGUGGAACAAGGGCUAGAUACUGAGCAGAUCGUGGACUGGAUUUUGGAGAGUCGGCGCGAUUUGUUCACGCUCAAGGAGUUCUUGGCCGCCCAAGCAAGGACCUUUUUUAGAGGUGGACGACUUGGAGUUGGAGCGAAACGUAAGUACAAUAGAGUAGGCGAGAAAGCUCGGCCAGUGCUCGUCUUGAUCACGCAAGAAGAAGAAGUGUAUUAUAAAGAAGAAAGAGAGUGGAUCAGGAUGAGGAAGGAAGAGAGUGUGAAGGCGCCAUGUCGAUUGAUGGAGGAGAGGAUUAAGAAUACGAUCAUUGGAGAGGAAGAGUCGCUUACUGAAAAGGAGGUGGACUUCCUUGUCAUUGUCAUGAAGAAAACUCAUCUGGCGUACGCCUUCGAUGAUGACGAGCGAAGGAGGCUUGACGUUGACAUGGUCCCAAUGAUCAGAAUUCAUAUGGUACCUCACGAGCCGUGGAACAUACGAGGUCCGCGUUAUCCAAAUCCAGAUGAUCACCGUAUAGUCGUUGAAUAUUUGGACGGUAAAAUUCGAACAAAGGUUGUGGAUUACUCGUAUGGACCAUAUGCGUCCCCUUGGUUUUGUUUCAUCAAGCCAAGUGGCGUAUUGCGAUGGGUGCAGAAUCUACAGAGGCUGAACUCAGUGACGGUUCGUGAUGCCGGAGGACUUCCGCAUGCCGAUCAGCUGUCUGAGUCGUGCGCAGGUAGGCCUAUCAUCACUCUCAUUGAUUUGUACUCGGGAUAUGAUCAAUUCCCUCUCUACACGGCAGACAGGCCGAUGACGGCCAUGCAUACGCCGAGGGGAUUAAUUCAUAUGUGUGCGGCGCCUCAGGGAUGGACGAACGCCGUAGCAAUUGUUCAGAGAUAUAUGAUGAGAGUCAUGCAGCCACUUUGUCCGGACGUGACCUCACCUUAUAUCGAUGACUUGGCUAUACCUCGGCCGCGCGUGAAGGAUGAGACGGAGGUGCUGCCAGGCGUUCGAAAGUUUGUUUGGGAGCACGUCCGUAACGUGGAGAACGUCCUGUCCAAGUUAAAGGAGUACAACCUCACGGUCAGCGGUGUCAAAUCUCGGCAUUGUAUGAGUAAGGCAACUAUCUUGGGCUUCUUGUGUGAUGAGAAGGGUCGUCGGCCAGAUUCCAAGAAGACAAACAAGAUUCUGGAAUGACCGACUUCGCUUAAGUCCAUCACUGAUGUGCGCAGUUUUUUGGGGACUUGCGGAUCUUGGCGCAUCUUCAUUC